AUGGGAGGUGGUACUAGGAGACAAAAUUUCUCGUCCGUUCCAGAACAAGAUGCACAGAUCGAGAAGGACUGGUUCAAAGAGAACCGUGUACCCAAGGGGCCCAAAGCCGACCGGCAGAAGACGGAGGAGGCAUCAGCCGUCCCACAACAAGAUACACAACCCGGAAACGACCGGAUCAAAGAGAAUCAGCACCUGAUACCUACGGAACCCAAAGCUGACAGACUGGCAAGGAGUCGGCAAGCAGACACCAAGCUCGUUCCCGAACAAGACGCACAUACCAAGCACGAUUGGGUCAAGGAGAGCCAGCAAUCAAUACCCACGGAGCCGAAAGCUGACAGACUGGCGAAGAGUCGGCAAAGAGAAAUUGAACGAGGUCUUUACAGACACGCUGCAAGACGAGCAUACCACCUUCUCCGUCCUAUACAGAAGCAUCCUCGCCGGGAAAGCAUAGAACAUCCUACCCCGAUAUACCGUCGUUCACGCUCACCCGAAGAAGAAAGAGACUUUCUCUCUUCUUUCCCUCCACUUCCCUCAUCACGAGCAGCGACCGCACGUCCACCGCCGGUGAACCAGCCGCCAACAUCUGUCACCCCAUCUGCCGCUCCAUCUGCCAGACCCGCGCGAAGGGAAGCAUGUUCGACCAACCCUACAGAGAGGACGUUUCGCAAGGUAAGCGCGGGUUCAAUGUCAACUUCAUCGGAGGGUGACGAUGGCAAUCUCUACGAUUCGAAUAAGACUGAAGAGGAGAAAGAGAAGAUACGGCAGGAAAUUAAUGAGCAUAACAGAGGCCUGCUGGACGCGCCAUGGUCCGGUCCAAACCUGGGUGAUGCGAUGCAGGACAUCCAGCGUGGGUAG